UCAUUUUGCUCAGUGCUCACAUCCAAACGGGUCAUUCAGAAGCACUCCCCUCUAAGGGCCUGUAUUGGGGUUAGGGAUUUUAGCGAAAGGUAUUAUGGCUGCGGAAUAUUCCGUCGGGUCAGCGGCCGAUGUGGCGGCGAAGAAACCUGAGAUUCAGAACGGGGUUUCCGCCUCACACCCCGAUUCUAUUUCCUCUGUAAUUCCUGGAUGGUUUUCUGAAAUCAGCCCAAUGUGGCCUGGAGAGGCUCACUCCUUGAAGGUGGAGAAGGUUUUGUUUCAAGGGAAGUCUGAUUACCAGAACGUUUUGGUCUUUCAGUCAUCAACUUACGGGAAGGUUCUGGUUUUGGAUGGGGUGAUUCAGCUUACAGAGAGAGAUGAAUGUGCUUACCAAGAGAUGAUCACCCACCUUCCACUUUGCUCAAUUCCAAACCCCAAAAAGGUUCUAGUUAUUGGUGGAGGAGAUGGCGGUGUCUUGCGAGAGGUGGCUCGUCAUUCAUCUGUUGAGCAGAUAGAUAUCUGUGAAAUUGACAAGAUGGUAGUUGAUGUUUCCAAAGAAUUUUUCCCUCGUGUAGCUGUUGGGUAUGAGGAUCCUCGCGUCACCCUUCAUGUUGGUGAUGGCGUGGCUUUUCUGAAGGCUGUUCCUGAAGGCACUUAUGAUGCAAUUAUAGUGGAUUCUUCUGAUCCUAUUGGUCCUGCACAAGAGCUUUUUGAGAAGCCAUUUUUUGCUUCAGUUGCCAAAGCUCUUCGACCAGGAGGUGUUGUGUGUACUCAGGCAGAGAGCAUCUGGCUUCACAUGCAUAUCAUUGAAGACAUUGUAACAAACUGCCGCCAGAUAUUCAAAGGCUCUGUCAACUAUGCAUGGACUACAGUUCCUACAUAUCCAAGCGGAGUGAUUGGGUUUAUGCUCUGCUCAACUGAGGGGCCUCCUGUCGAUUUCAAGCAUCCAGUCAACCCAGUAGAGGUGAAUGGCAUCGACAGCGCGAAGAGUCCACUCAAGUUUUACAACUCCGAGAUUCAUUCAGCAGCUUUCUGUUUGCCUUCUUUUGCGAAGAAGAUUAUUGAUUCAAAAUGAAUAUGAGAACAUUGCCCACAGCAUUGAAGAAUGAAGAAGCAGAAGUUUGCUGUGUUGGAGCGCCAUCUUUCAUCCUCUCAACCAUGUAUGUAAUAAGUCGGAGACUUAAGAUUAGAGUCCAAAUGGUCGGUUUUAUUGUGAUCAGGGUCAUAAAGUUUCUUGAGGUUUUAUUAGUAGUAGAAAUAGCUUUUGUUUUACCCAACAAUUUUCCCCAUCUUUUUUCGUUGUAAUGUGACCUCUGAAGUUCUAGGUUGAAUAAUUAGGCUAAUAAAUAUUUAGCCCCCCUACGUUUGGCUUGGUCUUUCCUCCUA